UCUCCCUUCAAACGGGAAACAAGAUGGCGGCGGCAGGUCCGAGUACGCGGGCCUCUUCCGCGGCGGCAGCGGCGGCUCUCAGUCGGCGGGGCCGACGGGGCCGCUGUGACGAGAUGGCGGCAGCCAAGACUGGGGCCCCGGGCGCAGCCUCUGGCCCCGCGCUGCUGGUGUUGCCACCACCGCUGCUGCAGCCGCCGCCACCGCCGCGGCCGGAGGAGUCGGGCUGCGCCGGGUGCUUGGAGACCCCGGGGGAAGCGGCGGCCCUGCCGUGCGGCCACUCGCUGUGCCGAGGCUGCGCCCAGCGCGCCGCCGACGCGGCGGGCCCGGGUUGCCCCCGCUGCAGAGCCCGCGGCCCUACUUGGGCCCGCCGUCGGGCCCGCGACGACGGCCAGGCCGACGCGGAGGUGCAGGGCGAGCGCGCCCGCCGCGGCCAGCCGGAGCGCUGCCGCCCGCGCCGGGACGGGGGCGCGGCCGCCGCGGGGCCCAGGCCGGAGCAGGAGCCGCGCGCCGGGGCCGCAGAGCCAGAGUUUAUAUUCAGAGCACCAAUCAAAUUAAGCAAGCCUGGGGAACUUCGUGAGGAAUAUGAAAGCCUGAGAAAGCUGAGAGAAGAAAAGUUACAAGAGGAGAAAACCUCUGAAGAUCAAAUCCACAAGCUGUUAUCAGAGGAUAUGGAAAUGGGGAAAAGGAAAAUGGAUGACCAGAAGAAGAGAGAUGAGCCAUUAGCACUGAAGACAGAUCUGGAACAUUGUCCUGCACGCCUCUCAGAUUCGGAGAACGAAGAACCUUCCCGAGGCAAGAUGACACAGACCCAUCGUUCCGCAUUUGUUUCCAAGAACAACUCCUACUCCUUAGCUUUCCUGGCAGGGAACUUAAAUUCCAAGGUGGAAAGGAGUCAGAGCUGCAGUGACGCUGCUCAAGACAGAGCAAAGAGCCGACUCCGAGCAGCCCCAACCAGCAAAACCAAGGUCACAGCUAUGGCCCCAGGCUCCAACCCCAUCAUUGGCGUCCUCCUGUCCACUCAGAACAACCGCUGCCUCUCGGCCCCGGACUUAACUGUCGAAAAACGUCUCCCCUUCAGUUCCCUCUCAUCCUUGGCUUCUCUGCAUAAGCCAGAGCGCUCCAUCAGUCCUGAGAGCAACGACAGCAUCUCUGAGGAGCUAAACCAUUUCAAGCCCAUUGUCUGCUCACCCUGUACUCCUCCCAAGAGACUCCCCGAUGGCCGGGUGCUCAGUCCCCUCAUCAUCAAAUCAACACCCCGCAACCUCAACAGAAGCCUGCAGAAGCAGACUUCUUAUGAGGCUAGCCCAAGGAUCCUCAAAAAGUGGGAACAGAUCUUUCAGGAGCGGCAGAUCAAAAAGACCCUUUCGAAAGCCACCCUCACGUCCCUGGCUCCAGAAACAGGGGAAGACGUAGUAGUGUCCGAAGUUACCCAUUCGAGCAAGGAAAAGCCACCUCUGGCUUUCCAGACGAGACUGGCGGGUGGACAGGCCGUCUCUGCGUGUGCCGGGCCCACCCCCACUGGCCUCGAUUCUUUUCCCUCCGUGAGCCAAACAAAAGUGGAAGCCGGCACUGAGAGUAAAAGGAGCCCCGAGGUUGCAUCAGAAACCCGCUGCUCUUCAGAACCGCGUGUGGGCGCCAGUGGGACUUCCUCAGAGAGAGAGCGGGAGGAAGGGCCGGGGCCCACCCCAGAGGCCAAGUUAGACAGCACCUGUCAGAGCACAACCGUGAAAAACCCGGUGGUUCAUUCCGCGCUACCCAAAAAUAGCGUUCUGGGGGCGGUCCUCAAAACAAAGAAGCAGCUGAAGACCGCGAAUCAUUUUGACCUGCCCAAUGGUGUGCUGGCAGACAACCUCGGCGAGGAGCCCCUUCCUUCCUUGCGCCGGGGCCGGAAAAGACACUGUAAGACCAAGCACUUGGAACAGAAUGGCCCCCUGAAGAAACUGCGGCCAAGCGGCGGGGAGCCGGGCCCAGCCCUGCGGGAGAUGGAGCAGAAGCUGCGGCAGGAGGAGGAGGACCGGCGUCUGGCCCUGCAACUGCAACGCAUAUUCGACAGCGAGAGGCGGACUGUGAGCCGGCGGAAAGGGAGCGUGGAUCAGUAUCUCCUGAGGUCCAGCCACGUGGCCGGGGCCAAGUAGUGCCCCAGGAACAUGUGACCUGUUUUCACGAGGUCUCUGGACCUGAUCAUCUAUCCUGAAGAGCUGAGUGUUCUCACUUUGGGUUUCUUUUCACGGCAAAACGCUGUCUGCUACGGUUUGGAGAGGUCCCAGGGCCUUUGUGGUCUCUGUCCAAGGAUGCUGUGUCUCUGCCUCUUGGUGACGGAGGCCAGAAGCACGCCUCACCCCUAAGAGACCCCCAGCCCUGAGGGCUUCUGGGCCAGAUCUGGCUGCACCCACUUGGAAUGAGAUGCGGGAGCACAGGGGCCAGAGUUAGAGAUGGUAGAGGAGGCAGGGGAUACCUUCUGAAACGGACAGAUCUCCUGACUUCUUUCAACAGGGUGUUAUUUUAAAUCAGCCUUGCAGAUAAAAAGGAGUUCCCUCCCUCUUAGAGAAGUGGAGCAGUGUCGCUCUCUGGCAGAUCCCAAAAGAUCAUGUUCCCCCUUUUCCUUACCGUGCUGCAAGUAAAUACACCUAAUGAAAUCAGUUGAGUUUACCCUACUACAAAAGUUUACCUUCCCCGUGUAAAAACUAACAUUGGAUUAAUGCUCUGUAGUCGACAGACCACAUUCACGGUCAUCGUUCAGUCUGGUCUUCCCAGGAGCCUCACCUGUAAGUGGGAUCAGUGCCAUUUUCGAGGCUGUAACUGCAGGGCGGACGUUCAGGUCCUGUCCUUCACUAAGUGGCAUAGCCCAGCUGACUGCUGGGGCUCCUGACAACAGAUCCCAGAGAUUUUUCACACUAACACGUUCAAUAGGUUGCUAUAAUGGACAGCAACCCAGGGGCCUGCCAGGGGAGCCUAGGGAAAGCUGACCGAGCAUUUGAGUACUGAUUGUGCAAGAUCCACAGGCAGAGAAUUGAGAUCGAUGGGAACUAUAAAGUACUGUACAGAUAUCCACCCUUCUCUGCCUGCCCGGCCCUCCACUUUACAGCUUUCUGUUUUCUGGGUGGGGGUGGGGUGGAGGGGAUUCCACCUUGUGAGACCAACUAGUUGAACUUCAUUAUUUACUCUCCACAUGUUCAAGGGUUAUCUGCAAUGUUGAUCUAAAAUCCCCCCAAAUUUGCCCAGAAGUCAGGCAAGAGUGAUGCUGAAACUCCAUACUGUGGAAACAAGGUAUCUGGCUGGAUGCAGCUAGUAAAUUCAGUCCCAUGGACCUUUGGGGUUUACUUUCCUUAGGAGCUGACACCAUGUGUCUUUUGCAUCCCUGGUGGUGCUUGGUGCUUCUGCCCGUCUGGGCUCAUUGAGAAUAGGGAUUAAGAGAUGAUUUUAGGGAAUCUCAGAUGGGCUGGCAUUCCCUGUGCAUGUACGAGCUGUUCCUAUAAAGUCAUGUGACUGGCAAUUUAACGAAGGUUUUAGAGCUUCUGUAUCCCAGUGUGCGUUGUCCCCCUUGAGUGGCUCCAGCAGGAUACUGCACAGAUUUUCCAAUGAUGUUGCCAUUGGCAAAAACAUUUCUGGAACCGUCCUCAGCAUCUAGAAACAUCUAGAAAUACAGACUCCAAAGAUGUUAGAAUUGGAAGGGACCUUAAUGGUCACCUUUUCCACCCUCCUCCUCUUACUAAGGCAGAAACUGAGAUCCAGAAUGGUGACUCCCCUGGUGACUAGGGAUUUCCUGUAUCACCUUCAUUUGAUUCCUCUCAGGAGAUUUUUGCCCCCUCUUCUCAGGACAGCUAUGUGGUAACAGGAGGGAGAAUUUUAAGUCUGAAACUAGUCAGAAGCUGUUUGAAGCCUCUAGAAGAGGUUGGUCAGGAGUGUUCGGAGUUACAGACGAGGUCUAGCCGUCAAGCAGUUGGAGCCAUUUCCUCCUGCAGCUCAUGAAUAGUUUCCAGAGAGAAGUUCCAGAGAUGAUGUGAGCGUUGUGGUCAUCAUUGAGAUACGUGGAACCUCCUCGGUGACUACUUAGGUGGGAGUGUCCCUCACUUGAAUGUAUGUGUUCUGUGUGUCUGUGUAUGUGCACACGUGCAGAUGUGUGUUUAAAAAACAUGCAUCCAUCUCCUUCCUCUGUAUGUGCAGCACUUUGGUUCCAGGCCCUGCCAGCAACACAGGCCUCCACAGGCUGCUGGACGGUCGGUCCCCAGGAUAGCAGAGCCGGUGCUGGUCUGCGGGGGAAGGGGGAGGUGACUCACUAAAGGCCCUUAGAGAAAAAGGCUCAGUUCCUGCCAUUUCCUAGAACUGCUCAUUGGCCUGAGUGAACAUCCCCCGGGGGGCUCUUCCACUCAGUGGUAGCAAAGACACUUCUUUUUCCACUUACCACCUUUUUUCUAUGUCUCCAGUCAUUUGAAAAACACGUUUCAGUUGGAACUGAUUUUUGGUUCUGGAAAAAAAGAUAAAUAUUUUUAAUAGAAAAAGAUAUAUAUAUUUUAAAUAUUUCCCCAAAGUCAUACUUUUGUUUUAAGAAGUCAUAUAGCAGUAGCAAGGAAUUUUAGGUUCAGGUGCUGAGUGCAAAGCUCCCUCGUGUGAAGCGAGUAUUCCAAAUGUAGAUGCAGCUUCCUGACUUUCCCCCUCGCACCUCCUGUUGUGUCCAGAGGGGGCCUGACAGUUGUUGUCCAGGCUGAGCUGGAGUCCUUGCUGUGGAGGGAAAGCAGUUUAGGUUAAGGAGUGACAGGGCUUAACCUCUCAUCUGCUCGGCUUUGGAGGAGGAAAAAACCACUAAGGUAUUAUCUGUAUUUUAAGAUGCUUCCCCUACUUAACUAAAACUGAACACUUUCUCCUUAUGAAAAAUGUCUGUGUCCUGUUGCUUGCUUGUUUGCUUGUGGACAUGAAUUAUUUGGAGAAAGACAAGAAGGGAAAACAGAGUGAUGAGAAGGGUUGGUGAGGGAGAACGAGAAAGACACUAUUUCACAAAACAAACAUGUCUCACGAAUCAUUGGAAUCGGAUUCAUCAUACAAAUCUCCCACGUCCUACGAGCUCUGCUCCUUGUGUAUAGGCAUUCUGUGUUGUUUGAUUUGGUUUGGUUUUUAUUAAAGGGGAAGUUAGGAGAGGUUGGAAGAUGAAGGUCAUUCUGAUGGGAAAUCCAAGAAAUGUGGUGCCCUGAGAAGGGGGCUCUCAGCCCUUUUCCAUAGAGUGGGGAAGACCGUGGGCAGCAUAUUCGUGACGUGUUGAUUGUAUCUACUGGAAGGAGUCAUCUGGGCCUGUUGGAUCCGUGUCAAACAGAGAUUAAGCAUCCAGCCCUUGGACCCUUUCAUAUAAUUGCCUCUUUUUAAAAGGUUAAUUCGUCUUGGCUGAAGCUUCCCAGGAAAACCUUUUGUAAGUGGCUUCAUUUCUUAUUUUUUUAAUUUAAGUUUUAGAUUUUUGUUUGGAGGAAGAACUGGUGAUGAAUGCCUUCUGAUUUUCUUGUUCUUUAGGGUUUUGUUUUUGUUUUUGCUCAUUUUCCCUAAAAGAAAAAUGCCCUUAAGAGAUUAAAGCUGCUUAAUUAAUUGCUGUCCGAGUAUAAAGUGACAAACUAUGAUGGGAAGCUGCCACUGCGCUUGACUGGUGAAGCUGAUGACCAAAGGCUGUGCUGUUUGCCCUUUCUAUUCCGUUUGACAGACGUUCCUGAGUUUCGAACUUGUGCCAACCCUAUACUGGGUCGUGGAGAUACAGGAUGGAAAGGACAGUCCCUGCUCUUGAGCUCAGUCUCUAAUGGAAUGUAUUUGAAUGUCUAGGUGGCUGGAGUUUGUUCCUGGUCAUAUGAAAGAGCACUUCUUCAUAGUGACCAUCUUGGAUGGCCCCAUUUAAGAUACUGUCCAGCAUCCAGCAGGCGGCCUUGAACAUUUUAGACCUGCCCCCUAGCCCCUAUCAAUAUUUCUGAAUUUAACUGCAACACUGCUUUCCAUUUCCUAAGUAAUUUUACCAGAGGAGAAUGAAUUUUCUUCUCCACUGACACAGGACAGUAAUCUCUCCAGGAGCUGCUUUUGUACAAGCGCCAGGAAAUGAGGCAGGGCAGGGAUCACUGACAGGGUCAGAGGGGGCCCACAUCCCAACUCACCGACCUGCUCACUCUUUCCCAACCAGACCUCUCACCACAGCUGGCAGCAACUUUGGAUUCCUUUUCCUUUUUCCUGCCUGGCUUUUCAUUGAGAUGGAAAACCAGUGGGGGAGGAAGGAAAGAAAAAUUGAAAGCUGGAUUAUAAUCCUAAAAUGCUAUGGCUGGAAAGGGCAUGGAAGUCAUUCAGAUCAAACUUGCCCACCUGCUGCCCCUUUUCCCUAAAAAUUAAGGAACAUGAGGCCCACUGUGCUAUUUUAUAUUUUAGUUUUCUAGGAUCUAAGUAAAUAGUCCAUUUAAAUUACACACACACACACACACACACACACACAAUUUGCUAAUGAAGAGGACACCCAAAUGAUAUAGGAGCCUUUUUAAUAGCUUUUGCUUCUAAAAUUUUUCAGUUAGAAUUAAAAUAUACCUAUAUCUCCUGAACACACACCCAGAUAGAGAAAAUCCCACGAGGUGACUAAUGUGAAUAUGGAAUCUUGGGAAGUUACAUAUUUUGAUUGGACCAGUCAUCAUUUUAACCAAGGGUUAAAACCCAGCCAGCCCUUCAUUUUUCUUUGAAAAAUCAAGAACUCCUUAGGGACUUACCUUCCUCAACCAGCCUUUUCCCUGUCAACCCAUAGAGUGGUCUUUGGCCUGGUUUUUAGAAGUAAGCAUAGUUGCUUAUAAAUUCUUGUGAAUCAGUGACAAAGCAGGUAUGGGGGGGUGGUCAAGAUUCUAGGGAAAGCUGCUGCUGAAUAGCUUUUCCUCCAAAGAUACAGAAAGUGCAUCUGUACACAUGAUUGUUAUCCACUGUAAUUUUCAGAAAAAGAUUGUUCUACAGAGAAAAGAGACAUAAGCAGAGGUCAUGAUCAGCUUAGAGAUUGGUUAAAUUGAAAAAAAAAAAAAAGUGCCAAGACUGAAUGUGCACAUUGUUCUAUGUAUUAUCAGUAUUUUUAUUCUUCCUAAGAAAAAUAUUUACACACUUUGA